UCCUCACAGUAAGAGGAAGACAGUUCAUGUAAAUUAGGAAGUAGAUGAUCAGCGUUGCAGUGCACUAUUGUCUUGUCUGCUCACUCACCAACAUGGCCGUUCAUCUCAGCUUGCUUCUCAUCCUUUCUGGACUCACAGGAAUUCACAGCAUGACCACAGUCAGAAAAGUGUCUGUGAAGGCUGGAGAUUCGAUCACUAUCCCUUGUCCCUAUGACUCAGAGUACACAAACCGAAUAAAAUACUUGUGUCAAGGAAAUAAAUGGCCCUACUGUUCAGUUGCAGUUAAAACAAACCAACCAGGUCGUUUGGGAAGGUUUUCAAUCUCUGAUGACACAAAACAAAGAAUCUUCAGUGUGACUGUUAAAGACCUUUACUACACUGACACUCAUUUCUGGUGUGUGGUGGAGAUUGACUGGGGGAAAGAUGUCGCUGAGUCUUUUCUCCUGUCAGUCACCAGCGAUACACCCAGCCUCUCUGUGGAUCAUCAGGAGGUCACAGGCUUUAAUGGAGAUGAUAUAACCAUCAAUUGUUACCAUAGUAAUAACGGAGAGGGUAAGUGGUGCAGGCUGGGCGGCGACUGUGUGACGACGUCAUCGGGAUCAAUAGCUGGAGCGCGAGUGAACAUCAGUGCCAGGGACCACUUUUUCACUGUGACUAUGAGCGGACUGACGUCAGAGAGCACCGGCUGGUAUCUGUGCAUUAAAGGAGACUUACAGAUGCCAGUGCAUGUAAAUGUUACUGAGAGAUCUAUCACUACCACAUUGACUCCUGACUCUGUGAAAAACGUUUCGGUCACUGCAGACCAAACACUUGCCCCCAGAGUUACAGUUGACCUCAAGCGCUUCAUCAUCCCACUGAGUUUGUUGAGCUUCGUGGUGACCUUGGUCAUCUUUUUAGUGUUCAUAGGAAAAAAAACGACUGAAGCUGAAUCAUCAGCCAGAGCUGGAUUUGGUUUCUCCUUACAGGCUGAAGAGGAAGUGUCAUACAGUACUGUUGAGUACAAGACAAAAUCCGACCAGAGGUCAGGUGCAAGGAGUGAUGUGGAAGGGGUGUACAGCUCUGCGGUUACUGCAAAACAACUAACUGCACAAAGGGUACAUUUUAAGAGGUCAGGCAACUGCACGGUUUCACACAAAGUCAAUGUCCUCUUUCCAGCAGCAUCAUGGCUCUACAGGUGACAAAUCUGUCCGUUAGUCAGUUCAACACUUUUGAUUUAAACUGAAAUGUAGAGUGCUGGACAUUUUGACUCUCCUCUGACUUUUCAUCUAGCGCCAUCACCAUUUUAAAUAAAAAGAAAUGCUGUUCAUGGCGGAAUACCUUGCAAAACUAAUUACAUGCAAAUCAGCAAAUGUCUACAUGCUUCAAUGCUAAGUUAAGAUGAUGAACACGGUCCACUUACCUGAUAAACAUCAAUAGGUUAUAUAAGUUAGGAUUCAGCUAAGUAGAACUAUCUCACAGAGCUUCUUGUUGGCUAGAGACUCUUUGUCUGAUACAUUUUUGUUCUUCUCCUGUUCUCCAACAGGGUGAAGCUGAGGAUGUUACAUAUAGCAUGUUGGCCCAGCACUGGGAAAACCUGUAAAUUUCACCCUGUUUAUAAAUCAGACCCAUUCAAAUUUUGCAUCAUAGAGUGUGUUGUCAUCAUGUUGUCAUUUCCCC